GAUAUCUCCAAAGAGAUCCUCUCGUCUCCUUCUUCUAUCUCUUAUUAGACCCCACUCCUUCCUAUCUCUUUUUGCCCCUUUCCUCUCUAUCUUCUCUCUCUCUCUCUCUCUUUACACAAGUCAUCUUCUUCUUCCUUCGAAUCUUGUUCCUUUAGCUUAACCUGAUUCAUCUACCGUUGAAGUCUUUGUUUGAUUUCUCUUUACUCUGUUUUGUUUUGAUUGGUGAGAUCUUUAUUUUUGAGUCGGUGGUUUGAAAUAGUUAGCUGCUUGGUUAAGUUAUUUCAUUUGAUUGGUGGGUUUGUUUCAUCGAAGCCAAAUUUGGUAUCUUUUUUUCGAUUUUUAGGUUGAAUUGUUGGGAAAGGAGAGAUUUUUGGAGGUGGGUGUUGUGUAAAGUUUAGGUUUUUUUUGGGUUUUUGAGAGUAAAGGUUGUGACUUUUUGUGAUGAAGAGAGGGAAAGAUGAGGAGAAGAUAUUGGAACCUAUGUUUCCUAGGCUUCAUGUGAAUGAUGCAGAUAAAGGAGGGCCUAGAGCUCCUCCUAGAAACAAGAUGGCUCUUUAUGAGCAACUUAGUAUACCUUCUCAGAGGUUUGGUGAUCAUGGAGGGUUAUCUCAUAAUUCUCGUAGUAGUACAACUACUUUGGUUCAUCCUGGUAGUCAGUCUUGUGGUGUGGAAAGAAACUUAUCUUCUCAGCAUCUUGAUACUUCAGCUGCAAACCAAGCAACUGAGAACUCUGUGUCCCAAAUGUCUUUCAUGGAAAAUGUGAGAUCUUUGGCACCACAUGAUCAGCGGAAAAUGGUAAGAGAGGAAGAAGAUUUCGCAGUUCCAGUAUUUAUCAACUCAAGAAGAUCUCAGGGUCAUGGUAGGAACAAGAGUGGUAUUGAGAAGGAAAAACAGACCCCAUUGGUGGCACCUAGCUCUCGUCACUCCAUUCAAUAUCAAGAAGUGAAUCGUGCAGGCGCAAAGCAAAGCAUAUGUUUGGCUACUUUUUCAAAACCUGAGGUUAGGGAUCAAGUCAAGGCGAAUGCAAAGUCAGGUGGCUUUGUAAUCUCGUUAGAUUUAUCAGUCACAGGGGAAAUGAAUCCCGAAAAAUCAGCAUCGAGUUAUGACAGAGUAAAUGAUUGUAAUGCUUCGUUAAGACAAGAUUCUAGAAAGCGGUUAUACCGAGAUGGUGGUGAAACUUGUAUGAAGGACACUGAUAAUGGAGCUGAGUCUCACUUGGCAACGGAAAGUCAAGUAGAAGAGGGUCAUGGAAGUCCUGAAGAAAUUGAUAAUGGUCGUGAAUACAGCACCAGCAGAGGAUGUGCCUCUCUGCAGCAGAUAAAUGAAGAGGCAAGUGAUGACGUUUCCGAUGAUUCAAUGGUGGAUUCGAUAUCCAGCAUAGAUGUCUCUCCUGAUGAUGUUGUGGGAGUAUUAGGUCAAAAACGUUUCUGGAGAGCAAGGAAAGCUAUUGCCAAUCAACAAAGAGUAUUUGCGGUUCAACUAUUUGAGUUGCACAGACUGAUUAAGGUUCAAAAACUUAUUGCUGCAUCACCGGAUAUUUUGCUCGAUGAGAUCAAUUUUCUUGGAAAAGUUUCUGCUAAAACCUAUCCAGUGAAGAAGCUUGUUCCAUCAGAAUUUAUGGUAAAGCCUCCUCUACCACAUGUUGUCGUCAAACAAAGGGGUGACUCAGAGAAGACUGACCAACAUAAAAUGGAAAGCUCAGCUGAGAACGUUGUUGGGAGGUUGUCAAACCAAGGUCAUCAUCAACAAUCCAACUAUAUGCCUUUUGCAAACAAUCCACCUGCUUCAUCAGCUUCAAAUGGAUAUUGCUUUCCACCUCAGCCUCAGCCUCCUCCCUCAGGAAAUCAGCAAUGGUUAAUCCCUGUAAUGUCUCCUUCUGAAGGGCUGAUAUACAAGCCUCACCCAGGUAUGGGACAUCCGGGGCCUGUCUGUGGAGGAUUUUAUGGUCAUUUUAUGCCUCCACCGAUGGUAAUGCCUCAGUAUCACCCGGGUAUGGGAUUCCCACCUCCUGGUAAUGGCUACUUCCCUCCAUAUGGAAUAAUCCCCACCAUGAUGAACCCUUAUUGCUCAAGCCAACAACAACAACAGCAACAACAGCAACAACAACAACAACAGCAGCAACAACAACACCAACAACACCAACACCAACAACAGCAACAACAUCAACAACAACAACAGUCCAAUGAGCAUAUGAAUCAAUUUGGGUAUUCCGGGAAUCUUCAGAACGGCCAACAACAGAGCUCGGUAAAUGAAGUAACUGGACAGGAACAGCAACAGCCAACAAAGUCUUACCCUCGGGCUAGAAAGAGCAGGCAAAGAAGCACAGGAAGCAGUCCAAGUGGGCUGGAGGGAAUCACUGGUAACAAGGCCUUUCGGCCAUUCGCAGUCGUUGAUGACAGCAACAAUAUCAACAACGAACCUGAGGAGUUGAUGACAACAACCACAACCACAACCAGAACAACUGUUACUCAGACAACGAGAGAUGGAGGAGUGACGAGAGUGAUAAAGGUGGUACCUCACAAUGCAAAGCUCGCGAGUGAGAAUGCUGCCAGGAUUUUCCGGUCAAUACAAGAAGAACGUAAACACUACGACCCCUCCCAUAACCUUUAAGCUUCUCUAUCUGUACUGUAUGUGCCACUCGAUAUGUAUGUUACAGAACUAGAAUAUUGUGAUAGAUGUUAUUCCCAAUAUAUGUAUCAUGUAAACGUAUUAUAUAAGCCUCGUUUAUGUA